AUGCAUAUAUUAUAUUUUAACUCAUAUAUUUUUACAUUUAGCCAAGUGAUGGCAGAUGUUUUGGAUGAUGAUGCAAAGAACAAUAUUACUAUCUUUACAAGAAUUUUAGACAGACUUUUGGAUGGAUAUGAUAAUCGAUUAAGGCCUGGAUUAGGAGAUCGAGUUACCCAAGUCCACACAGAUAUUUAUGUGACAAGCUUUGGGCCUGUUUCUGAUACAGAUAUGGAAUAUACGAUAGAUGUGUUUUUUCGACAAAACUGGGAAGAUGAAAGAUUGAGAUUUAAAGGACCAAUGCACAUAUUGAGAUUAAACAAUCUGAUGGCUAGUAAAAUCUGGACGCCGGAUACAUUUUUUCAUAAUGGAAAGAAAUCUAUAGCCCACAACAUGACAAUGCCGAAUAAGCUGUUAAGAAUUCAGGAUGAUGGUACUCUGUUGUAUACAAUGAGGCUUACUGUCCAAGCUGAAUGCCCAAUGCAUCUGGAGGAUUUUCCAAUGGAUGCCCACGCUUGUCCUUUAAAAUUUGGCAGCUAUGCUUAUACAACCUCAGAAGUGACCUAUGUAUGGACACGCAAUGCAACAGAUUCAGUAGUGGUGGCAGCAGAUGGCUCAAGAUUAAAUCAGUAUGACCUUCUAGGACAAUUAGUUGGAAAAGAAACAAUAAGGUCAAGCACAGGGGAAUACACCGUUAUGACAGCACAUUUCCAUUUGAAGCGAAAAAUUGGUUACUUUGUGAUUCAGACAUACCUCCCGUGCAUCAUGACAGUCAUUUUGUCUCAGGUGUCAUUCUGGCUGAACAGAGAAUCUGUGCCUGCAAGAACAGUUUUUGGUGUGACCACUGUACUAACAAUGACAACGUUAAGUAUCAGCGCUAGAAACUCCCUACCAAAAGUUGCUUAUGCUACAGCAAUGGAUUGGUUUAUUGCUGUCUGCUACGCUUUUGUAUUUUCGGCUUUGAUAGAGUUUGCAACUGUUAACUACUUUACAAAACGAGGCUGGGCAUGGGAUGGGAAAAGUGUUGUAAAUGAUAAGAAAAAAGAGAAAGCAUCUGUAAUUAAGAAAAAUAAUGCAUAUGCCGUAGCUGUUGCCAAUUACGCUCCUAAUAUCACUAAGGAUUCUGCCCUACCAACGAUAUCAAAAAGUGCAGCUGCAGAUACCAAUAAAGCCAAGCCCCAGGAAGCAAAGAAAACGUUUAAUAGCGUUAGUAAAAUUGAUCGAAUGUCUAGGAUAGUUUUCCCUCUUUUAUUUGGUACCUUUAACCUGGUGUAUUGGGCUACCUAUCUGAAUAGAGAACCUGCUAUUGAAGGGCUUGUCCUGUCAAAAUAGAUAAAUUGCUAAUGGUUUAUUAGCAUAAUAAAUCUCAGAUAUUUAGUUUCAGUAUAUUUAGCUAAUAAAAGCUAAUUUGUGAAUUGAUAUGUACAGUACGAACAUUCUGAACACAUUUUAAACGAGAGGACUGUGUUAAUUUCAAAAGAGUGCUGAACAGAUAGAGCUCACGGCUUAUACAAAAAUGUACUUGUUAACAAAGUAUUUUCACUUUGAUUAAAGUUAUACUGUAGUUUCUGAAGAGUUGUUACCUGAUAUUGCAGAAUAAAUUAUCUCUUUCAUAUAUUUUGUUUUUGAACCCUAAUUUUGUUAUUUGUAGUGUUAAACUUUUUUAUGAUAAAUCUGUAAUGUAACAUUGUGUGAAGAUACAAAACCCUUUCUAAUUUCAUACCUGUAAUAUGUAAUACACAUAAAUCAUGGAAAUUUAAACUGGAUUGCAUUUUAUUUUAAAUUUCCAAGUGAAAAUAAAGGUGAAUUUUGGUUGCA